UAGUUUAGUUGCGUAUUUCCUAUCGAUCGUGGUAGACUUUGCUCUUCGCCUUCUGUACCAGUGCGUGCAAAGGCCUUUUUAUCAGAUUUUUAUUUGAUAUUUUACAAUCAGAUUAAUAUAUUUUCAUCAACAUUAGCCUUUCGUCUAAAUAAGUGGUCCUUUUCCGUCUGUAUCUUGUUGAAGAGUGUUUCACUUUCUCUAAUCGUUAUCAUCAUGAAGGUCUUCCUGCUGACAUUUUUCCUUCCUUUGGCUUAUGGCCUGUAUGAUAAUGAGCUGAAUAAGCCACAUAAAGAUAAGUAUGUUCUCCAUAAAACUUGUGAAGCUGCAAUACAUAAGCAGAUUGAUGAGGAAAUGCAUGCCAGCUUAGUUUAUGCUACCAUGGCAGCUCAUUUCGACCAUAAUACUGUUGCUAGAAAAGGUUUGGCAAAGUUUUUUGCUGAAAAUUCAGUUGAAGAACGAGAACAUGCGCACAAAUUCAUCGACUACUUAAAUUCUAGAGGUGCUAGAUUUUCUGGUUUUGAUGUGAAAAUGCCUAGUAAAUCAGCAUGGAACAAAGCAGUUGAUGCUUUACAAGAUGCUGCUAAUUUAGAGAAACAUGUCAACAAUAAAUUAUAUCAUCUUCAUGAUAUUGCUGCUCUACAGUGUGUGGAUCAACAUUUGAUGGAUUUCCUGGAAAGUGAGUUCUUCGAUGAGCAAGUGAAAUCAAUUGACAAAUUACAGCGAUACAUCUCAAUUUUAAGUAGCAUGGAGCCUUCACCAUUAGCUGAAUUCUUGUUUGAUCAACAACUUCAAGGGCUGAAAACCGAACUCUAAAUGUUUUGCUUAUUGUUUGAGAAUUUAUAUCUUGUGCAAACUAACUUAAUCAUAUAUAUUGAAAAUCAUACAUUGUUAUAACUUGGCAGUAUUAAUUCUUCUAAAAAAUUAUGCUUUGUCCUAAAAUAUAUAUAAAUAUGCAUUUUGAUAUGUAAACCAAAGUAAAGUGUAUUCAUAGUAUUUGAAUAUAACGUCUGUGGUUAUAUUAACUUUAUCUUGGAUUAAGAAGCCAUGUUAUUUAUCUGAUCUAUUUCAGUUUUUAAUUGAGGUAGUUGAUACAGUAUUUUUAAAAUGUAUGAAAUGCCAUAUGCUUCUCUUUUCUCAUGCGUGUACAUAUUACUGUAUAAUGUUUACCAUUUUAUUGCUUAGUCUAUCUCUACUUAAUGUUCUCUCAGGAUGUUUAGUAUUAAACUAUAUGGAGGCUGAAACCUCUUUUUGAAAUAUAUUCAUUGGUCACAAAUGCUUUCUAUAUAAUUUUGUUAAAUCUUUUGGAAACUGUUAAUAUAAAAUAUAUAGAACACUUGUUUUCUUUUUUAUUUGGAAUAAUAAAAUGUAUGCUUUUCCUUUUAUGCAAAAAUGUCAUCUUUAUUUUGAAAUUUUAAAUAUUCUUUAUUUGAUUGUUACUAUAAAAAAACUUACACUUGUAUUACAUGUCUUACUUUCUGCUGGUGGCGGGAAGUAAUUUGAAUGAAGCAUUUAUUUUAUUUAAAUUGUUUUUUAGGUAUAAAAACUUUUUAUACAUUUUAAAUUAAUGCCAUGUGCAUUAUCUAAAAUGCACUUAGAUAGUCUUAAAACUUAAUUGAAUGCAAUUGCACUGAAAUUAAAAACUGAAAAAGUAUUAAGGCAUUAUAAUUGCUUAUGAAAAUCUGGAGUGGAUUUUAUUCUUAUAAUUGCAUUUUGUUUUUAUUAAUUUCCAUAUAUUGUUUUGCAGUUUUUAAUGAAAAUUAAAACAAAAAAUUUGGUUUUUGAA